AUGAGGCCCAUAACUGACAUAUUCCUGCCUGCCUGUGCUAGACUGAACCCUCAUCCAACUUACAUACCCUUCCGGACUCAGCUUUCGCCGCAAAACGCACCAGAUAUCUUCGCCCAGUUUGAUAUCAUACUAGACUGCACCGAUAAUCCAGCGACUCGGUACCUUAUCUCAGACACUGCAGUAGUCCUUGGGAAACCGGUCGUGUCUGCUUCGGCGUUGCGAACAGAAGGACAGCUGAUGAUACUCAACUAUCCUUCCCGUUCGCCAGGGGAUAAAUCAGGAGGUCCGUGUUACAGGUGUGUGUUUCCGACUCCACCUCCAGCAGAUAGCGUCACAAGUUGUGCAGAUGGCGGGAUUCUCGGGCCAGUGGUUGGUGUCAUGGGAGUUAUGCAAGCGCUUGAAACGAUACGGGUGAUGAUAACCAGCAUGUCUGAGGACGGCAAGCCGAGCACUGGAGCCAUCGUUCCGUCUCUCCAUCUGUUUUCCGCCUAUUCCACUCCUCCAUUUCGUACUAUUCGGCUGCGUCCACGGCGACAGAACUGUGCUGCGUGCGGAACAGAGCCAUCGAUAUCCAUCGAGUCCCUCAAGAGCGGAUCCAUGGAUUAUGUCCAAUUCUGUGGCUCGCUCAAUCCAGUGUCUAGUCUGAUGCCAAAUGAGCGGCUUACUGCUAGAGAUUACAAGAUAUGGCUUGACAGUCACAGCAACAAUGACAAGGGUAUCCUGCUCGAUGUACGCGAACGGAUCCAGUAUGAUAUAUGUGCAUUGCCUGGAAGCAUUUGCGUACCCAUAUCGGAGGUUCUGAGAUCGUCUAGAUCAUCCGAAGCAACGAAUGGGGAGCUUCCGGCAUGGGUUCCUUCAAGUAUCAUUAACACUGAUACAGCAACUCCUAUCCACGUAGUUUGCCGCCAGGGCAACGACUCUCAGGCUGCAGUGAAAAUUCUUAAGCAGCUCGGCCUCGGUCAAGGUGGUAAACGUUUCAUUGGCGACAUCCAGGGCGGUCUGGAUUCAUGGAGAAGAGACGUGGAUCCCCAGUUUCCCGACUAUUAA